CUCAGCUUCCAGCUCUGCACUAAAGUGUCGCACCGGCGCGAUGGAUGAGGAGUACGAUGUGAUAGUGCUCGGUACCGGCCUGACGGAAUGUAUCCUGUCUGGCAUCAUGUCAGUGAAUGGGAAGAAAGUUCUUCAUAUGGACCGGAACCCGUACUAUGGAGGAGAGAGUUCAUCCAUCACUCCACUGGAAGAGCUCUAUAAACGAUUUGACAUGGCUGACGGCCCCCCAGAGAGCAUGGGGAGGGGACGAGACUGGAAUGUGGAUCUGAUCCCUAAAUUCCUCAUGGCUAAUGGUCAGCUUGUGAAAAUGCUGCUUUACACAGAAGUUACCCGUUACCUGGACUUCAAGGUUAUAGAAGGAAGCUUUGUAUAUAAAGGUGGAAAAAUCUACAAGGUGCCAUCUACAGAGACAGAAGCACUUGCAUCUAAUCUCAUGGGGAUGUUUGAGAAGCGACGGUUCCGUAAAUUCUUGGUAUUUGUAGCCAAUUUUGAUGAGAAUGAUCCCAAGACAUUUGAAGGGGUGGACCCAAUGGACACAAACAUGCGUGAUGUAUACAAGAAGUUUGAUUUGGGACAGGAUGUCAUUGACUUCACUGGCCACGCCCUGGCACUCUACCGAACUGAUGACUAUUUGGACCAACCCUGCCUAGAAACUAUCAAUCGCAUUAAGCUUUACAGCGAGUCUUUGGCAAGAUAUGGCAAGAGUCCAUACUUGUACCCUCUGUACGGGCUAGGGGAGCUGCCCCAGGGCUUUGCCAGGUUAAGUGCAAUAUAUGGAGGAACCUACAUGCUGAACAAAUCUGUGGAUGAGAUUGUAAUGGAGAAAGGAACAGUGGUUGGUGUGAAGUCUGAGGGAGAGGUGGCACGAUGCAAGCAGCUGAUCUGUGACCCCAGUUAUGUUCCUGAUCGAGUGCACAAGGCAGGCCAGGUCAUCCGCGUCAUCUGCAUCUUGAACCAUCCCAUUAAGAAUACAAAUGAUGCAAACUCCUGCCAAAUUAUCAUCCCCCAAAACCAGGUCAACAGAAAAUCAGAUAUUUACGUGUGCAUGAUCUCCUACGCACACAAUGUGGCAGCUCAGGGCAAGUACAUUGCUAUUGUCAGCACCACGGUGGAGACUGCAGAGCCAGAGAAAGAGAUUGAACCAGCACUGGAACUUUUGGAGCCCAUUGAACAGAAAUUUAUGGCCAUCAGUGAUCUGUAUGAAUCCACCGAGGAUGGGACAGAAAGCCAAAUUUUCUGCUCCCGCUCCUAUGAUGCCACCACACACUUUGAGACCACGUGCAAUGACAUCAAGGACAUCUACAAGAGGAUGACUGGAACAGACUUUGACUUUGAGAACAUGAAACGCAAACAGAAUGAUGUUUUUGGGGAGGAUGAGCAGUGAGGAGAUGAAGAGGGUGGGGAAAUCAGUUGGGGGGGGAGAUAGCAGACAGAAGGGGGACCUUACAGGGGACUGGUUGGGGGGUCUGGUACAAGAGAACUCUGCUAGUAGGAAAAAGGGGUGAAAUGACAGGGGGCAGCAAAAGGAAUCCAUGUAAUUUAAGAUAGGGGGAUCUGGAAAGGGAGGAAGAAUUUUGAGGGGGUAGAGGUUAUAACACAAGCUGGUAGGAAUAGGGGAUUGAUAAUGAUUCCAUGUUGUUUUUCAAUGUAAUCCCAGUUUAACUUCUCAAGCCUUGUGCUCUUUGGUAUCCUGAUGUUGGCACGACCGUAUUGCUCUAUUGGCAAUUCAAAAAUUAUGUCUGAGAAAUGAAGCUGCACACUUUCACCGUCAUUAAUGUCAUUAAUGUCUAUGUCUUGACCCCAUUCUUCACUGCCACCUAUUUGCCCUGUGCCCAGAGACUGGCAGAGAAAACUAUAACAUGAUAUGUAUAUCCUGAGCUGGAUAGAACUCUUAUGCCAGCUCUUUUCCCAAUACCAAUGGUCUGGCAGAGAACACUAUAUAAUAAUGUGUAUAACCUGAGCUGGAUAGAACUCUCACCCCCUCAUGCCAGCUCUUUCCCAAUAUCAGGGGACUGGCAGAGAACACUAUAUCAUGUUAGUUAAACUGAAAUCCCUUUACCCAUAACUAAUUUAUUGAAUUAAUUUAUUAGAGUAAUAGAAAUGGGAGUGGAGAAUGCCCGUUGGAUCAAAUGCAGGAGUGGAGUAGAGGAACGGAGGAGCAGACAUUGUAGCAGAUUUUUUACUUGAUGUUGCCGUUAUUACAGUUUUCAUUGUGUCACCACUUUCUAUCUAUGUUUUGAUUCUUUCCUCUCUGAUAAUAUUCUGCUCUCUGCAUUGUCCACCCCUCUGAGGAUCUCUGAAGCAACAUAUUCAUUCCUAUAUUUGGCAAAAAUCAUAACAUGUUACAAAAUGGAAA